AGGACGGUGCUGGUUGUGUCGUUGGGCUCGCAGGGCGCGCAGAAGGCCUGCGAGGAAGGGGUGCGCGCCCUCGGCCUGGAGAAGAGCCUUGUGGGACUCUGGCACUGGACGUGGCAACGGCCUUCGACUCGAUGGAGCACCCUCUCAUUGUGGAAGCUCUGCGCGCGCGCGGGGCGACGGCCCAGUCGGCGACCAUCUUCAUGAGGGAGCUCACCGCGGGCUGAAAGCCGCCGCAACCCUACCAGGAGUAGGCGCAACCGAGCCUUUCGAUUACAGCAAGGGCGGCAAGCAAGGGGGGGUGGAGACGCCAGAGGAAUCGAAUGCUGUCGUUGAUCAUGCCUUGGAGCCGCUGGUGUGCUCUUGGGCUGUGAGGGGAAUGAGCUUCCGACUUGAUCUCCCCGAGGGGGCGCAAUAUUUUUCGCACGCAGUGUGGGCGGACAACGGGUUCCUCUUCGCUUCGGGCCCGGCGAUGAUGCAGGCCAUGUUGGCAGAGGUUGCUGCAGCUGUCAAUGCGAGGCGUCUUCCCUCGAAGUGUUGGCUGGGGGCACUCUCGUGGAUGCGUAGUUGCCUUCCUUCGAGAUGUUGCAGCAGGGUGCUGUCUUGAAGUGCGCGAUUUUGAAGGAGAUGACGAUCCUCGGCGACGUCCUCGACAGCCAGGGUUCCGCCUGCCGGAGCCAGGCCCGCCGACAGAGGGCGGCAGACGCAAUCUCCUUUUCCCACUUGCGAGAACUGCGCGUUCCGCCUCCGGGCGUGGCACGAUUCACCAGCUACUGCGGCCAUUUUCGCUUGCCAGACGUGGCAUGUGACGGGGGGCCUACGCGAUCCCUCCGAACGUGGGAAGUGCAGCGGUCGCGACACACGUUCCGGAUGAAGCCGAGGCCGGCAGAGAAUAGGGCAUCUUUCAACCAGAGAUCGGCCGCCCAGAUUUUCAUAUGGUUCCAGAAGGUUUCCUCGAACCGGUCUACCGUCGCGUGUUGACAGCCGUCUACAAGGCAGCCUGGAUGGAAGAUUCUUCACCAUGCCACUUCGGCGAACGGCCGUUGGCAGAUGCCCGCGCGUGGCGAUCCUAUGUGUGGUGGGGGGUUGUCUUGGCAGCGGGGACCAAAAAGAAGCGGAAACGCGAGGGUUGCACCCGCAAGCGCGGUGGCCAGCAACCCACUCCAUGGGAGUUUGUUUUCGUGGAAGUGCUUAGCAGCCACUGGAGGGCCACGCGGGGCGCGACAGGUUCGAUGGCAGCUUGGAUGCGUGGUUGUUCUGACUUUGUCAACGCAGCGUGCGACUUGUGGCAUUUACCGCGACAGCCAGAUGCGGCUCGCUCUCGCGAGGGGCCGCUCUCUCCGACGCCAUGUCCACGGACGGUUUCCUCCGCCGCUACUCGGCCACCCAUUGGACUGUGCGUGGGGCUCUGGGCCCAUGCGGUUGUGGGUGCAGGUCGACUGCCGUGCUAUCGCAGAGCUCGCAUCAGAAAGAGCGCGGCUGGCCAGAUAUUCGAAAGAGCGUGUUCUACCGCUGCUGGCGGAAAACCGGGGGGGGUCACUACCGGUUCGAACCCCC